CCAGCACCCAGACUCCGCACCCAGCCGUCGCCCCGCAGCAGGCUCUGAGUGGUGGUGCGAACCAGGCCGGAAAUCGCCCGCACUCGCAGCAGGCUCCCAAGCGGCCACCGGCCAACGCACCGCCGCCUGCAGCUGGCCGCCCCGCCGCGCCGCGCCCCUCAUCGGCUCGCCGCCUGGCAGCAUGCGCACCGCCGCUGGCUGAUCGACGAGCUGCGCCCUCACCGGCUCCCCGCCCUCGGUCUGCCGCGCGGCCGCCCACUGGUGACCACUGCUCCGCGCCGCUCGCCCCUCGCCGCCCUCGCCCUGCGUGGUGACGCGUUAGGCCGUCAGUACCGCUCGCGCCUAGCCCAGCGCGGCAGACGACAGCCUGCAGGGUCUCGCGCCCCUCACAAAUCGGGUAAACGGGAUUACCCGAUACCGAACCCGAAUUUUCAGUUAUCCAAAAUUUCGGGUAUUCCUUUUUUUUCAGGCCUACCUAAAGCGAAGCGGCGGCGCCGACAACGGCAACCAUGGCGGCGGCGGCGUUGGAGACGGAGAAGCUGGGAACGGGAGGUGAGACGGUCGCGGUUCACCUGCCCCCUCUCUCGGAGGAGGACCCCCUUGGCCAAGACAAGAAGAGAAUAAUGGAAAGCAGAAACCUAUCCUGUUUAUUUCAUGUUCCAAUUUCAUGUUCUGCUGCUUAUACCCUCAAAUUACUGGAUCAGAUGAUUCAAGCUGCUAGGAUAGUCCAUAUGGAUGAGCUAGAGCUUUAUUUUGCUGGAGAUGAUGACGUUGGUCCAUUCACUGCAAGGAAUGAACUUGAAUCCCUAAGUCUUUUGUUCAAAAUCAUGAACAAAUUGCUUGUAACUUCCAAUGCUGGUGCCAAGGAAGUAUUGCAGAUGCUGCAGAAUGAGAUAGUUGAGAGACUUAGAUCUGUUGGAAAGGCAGAUGAUGCUCAGAUGGUUUGUCAAACACAGAACCAUGAUGCUGAAGAUUCUCUUCUGAAAUGGGGGGAACAUCAUGGUGUUAAAUCGAAAUUGCGGAUAGCUUUUUUUCAAGGAGCUUGGAGAGGAAUGGUAGCUUCUGAAAAUAUAUGUGUGGGGGAUACUGCUCUUGAAAUUCCAGAGUCCCUUAUCAUAUCUGAGGAACUUCUAUGUCAGUCUGAAGUGUUUCUUGCAUUAACAGAUUUCAAUAAUAUCAGUUCUGAGACUAUGUUAUUGUUGUGGAGCAUGAGAGAGCGGUAUAAUCUAUCUUCAAAGUUUAAAGCAUACUUUGAGACACUGCCGGCAAAUUUUAAUACAGGCUUGAGUUUUGGAAUUGAUGCACUUGCUGCAUUAGAAGGAACCCUUCUUUUUGAUGAGAUAAUGCAAUCUAAGCAGCACUUACGCCAGCAGUAUGAUGACUUAUUUCCCUUACUAUGCACAAAUUUUCCUGAGAUGUUCGUAAAGGACAUAUGCACAUGGGAUAAUUUUCUGUGGGCAUGUGAACUGUGGUAUUCCAACAGUAUGAUGGUUGUUCUAAGUAGUGGGAAAUUAUCGACUUGCUUGGUUCCUGUUGCUGGACUUUUGAAUCACUCGGUGUCCCCUCAUAUUCUGAACUAUGGCCGAGUAGAUGAAGCUACAAAAUCUUUGAAGUUUCCAUUGUCUAGAACUUGUGAUGCAGGGGAGCAAUGUUUUCUCAGUUAUGGGAAACAUCCAGGGUCACAUCUUGUUACAUUCUAUGGUUUCCUACCACGAGGAGAUAAUCCUUAUGAUGUUAUACCUUUAGAUCUUGAUACUUCUGCUGAUGAGGAGGCUGGCGCAUCUCAAUCUGUGAGUACAAGCCAAACCAUUCAUAUGGUUCGUGGGACAUGGUUGUCCAGAUCUGGAGGAUUUCCCACGUAUGGCCUGCCUCAGCCCUUGCUGUCCCAUCUACGUGCUGCUCUAGGUUGUGAUUUUGAUGAAUCCACAACAGAGACUGAUAUCAAGGAAAAUGACAGGGUGGUGCUGGAAACACUGCUGUCCAUAUUUAACCCCAUGCUUGAAGAAUUGCCCGAGCCAGAUGACUCCGACUGGGAGAGUGCCAGUUGGGAUGUGAAGCUAGCAUUAGGCUACAAAGAUCUGCAGAGAAUUAUAGUAUCGUCCAUUGUCACUUCCUGUACGUCAGCCUUGGAAAAUAUUUAACUCCUAGUUAGAAAUUGGAAGUGCUUCUUAAAUGUAAAUGCAAGAACACGUUGGGGAGUAUGUUAGAAUGUCUCUCUCAGCUGGCAUGUGGCCUGGGAAGCUAUUUCACAUGGAUGAGCUGCAACCGACUGCAAUUUGUGCUCUCGAGAUAGGGAUCCAAGGACUGGCAUGGUUGCCUCUACUAACUGAAGAUCCUCAGCCAUCAGUUGCUUGAUCCGACAAACACAGAAGUGGUUUCUGUGGCUUGAGAUUUAUGCUGCACCAAAUUGCUACUGCAUGCUAGGUUCUCUUUUUCCCUUUCUUUUUGUGAAAGAAAGUUACUUUUGAACUAAUUUAUUGGGAAUCAAACUUAUUUAUUGGUGAAUGAAAGCAAAUUUUUGAACUAAUUUUA